GAAAGAGCGAAUGGCGCAACGCACGGCUGCCGAGCGCGCCGCGCACAAUGAACGGCGGCGCCUAGUACAGGAGGCACUGCAGGCGCAGAGGGAAAAAGAAGCAGGAGAAGAGGCAGGUGCUAGGGCUGACCUGGCUGACCGCCUGGCAGAGCUAAGGUUGCGCAAGCAGCAGCAGCAGCAACAGCCGCAGCUGGCGGAGGCCGCCUGAUGUCAAUAAGAGUAUUAGCAAUUAUCUUUAUGAGUGGCGAACCCAGAGCGUAGAGGGCCAUAGGGGCAUACACAGGUCCGUCUGCAGCCGGAACCUGGGGCCGAUAUGCACAGGCUUGCAGCCUUGUCAACUCGCAAAUGCACCCUUGCCGCCUACAGGUCUACACCCCCUUCAUACACGAAUGCUGAGGGGCCAUCCCUAGCAAACCACUCAAAACUUCAGGACGGAUUUCGACAGCGACGCUGCGGAUGUCGAUGCUGCAUUUGAGGACAGAGAGACGCAGUGCAGAUGCUGUUGCGAGCUGUUCAAUGUCGUUUUGUAUGGAGUACGAUUUGUCAAUGUCCUGACUAAUGUUACAGAAGAAUGACUCUGCUCAGAACUCGCAUGCACCCAAACAGAACCACUGCGAGGUGCUUGAAAGAAGAAAGGGAAAUAAGUUGCACAGUCUAUAAAUAUAGCGAAGAUGCAUUGCAAAUUGGAGAGUCUGCCACAAGCAUGCUCACUCACAGCAAUGUAAUCAACUGGUACUC